AUGAAUUCGCAGGGCGCCAACGAUGUGUCUCCCGAGGCCAUGCAGGCGCGCAUCCAGCAGGCGCGUCGCGAGGCCGAGACGCUCAAGGACCGCAUAAAGCGGAAGAAGGACGAGCUGUCUGACACCACCCUUCGUGCAGUUGCCCAACAGGCGCAUGAGCCCAUCCCAAAGAACCAGCUCAUGAAGGCUAAGCGCACGCUCAAGGGCCACCUGGCCAAGAUUUACGCCAUGCACUGGUCCACGGACCGGAGACAUCUCGUUUCGGCCUCCCAGGAUGGCAAGCUCAUCAUCUGGGACGCCUACACCACCAACAAGGUCCAUGCGAUACCCCUGCGAUCUUCCUGGGUCAUGACCUGCGCCUACGCUCCCAGCGGCAACUUUGUUGCCUGCGGUGGUCUGGACAACAUCUGCUCCAUCUACAACCUCAACCAGCAACGCGACGGCCCGACGCGAGUCGCCCGCGAGCUCUCUGGCCACGCCGGUUACCUCUCCUGCUGUCGAUUCAUCAACGAUCGCGCCAUACUGACUUCUUCUGGUGACAUGACCUGCAUGAAGUGGGACAUCGAGACGGGCCAGAAGGUGACCGAGUUCGCCGAUCACCUCGGCGACGUCAUGAGCAUCAGCCUCAACCCGACCAACCAAAACACCUUCAUCUCGGGCGCCUGCGAUGCUUUCGCCAAGCUGUGGGACAUUCGCGCCGGCAAGGCCGUCCAAACGUUCGCCGGCCACGAGUCCGACAUCAACGCCAUCCAGUUUUUCCCCGACGGCCACUCCUUCGUCACCGGAUCCGACGACGCCACUUGCCGACUGUUCGAUAUCCGCGCGGAUCGCGAGCUCAAUGUUUACGGCUCCGAGUCGAUCCUCUGCGGCAUCACCUCCGUAGCCACCUCCGUUUCCGGCCGACUGUUGUUCGCCGGUUACGAUGAUUUCGAAUGCAAGGUUUGGGACGUCACCCGAGGCGAAAAGGUUGGGUCUCUCGUGGGCCACGAGAAUCGCGUCAGCUGCUUGGGUGUGAGCAACGACGGCAUAAGCUUGUGUACGGGCUCUUGGGAUUCUCUGCUGAAAAUUUGGGCCUAUUAA